AUGGCCUCCCCUAGCGUUCUCACCUUUGACGCUGAGGGUCGGGCAGUUCACUUUGAGGUCUGGGUAGAUCAUCUGCAGCUUUUCCUGCAGUGCGAUAGGGCAGACGGCCUCUCCCUGUUUGACCUCAUUUCUGGUGCCUCCCUUGCCCCGGCUGCUGAUGCUGACGCCACUGCUCGCUCACAGUGGGCCAUACGUGAUGCUGCUGCUCGCCUUGCUGUGCGCCGUCACUUACCGACCACUGAGCGUGCACACAUUAGCCAGUACAAGAGUGCUCAGACCUUGUACGACGCUGUAGUCGCACGCUACUCUUCCCCUGCCACUGCUGCACUGAGCCGCCUCAUGCUACCGUUCCUCUUCCCUGACCUUGCUGCCUUUCCCACUAUCGCUGACCUCAUUACGCACCUCCGCACUAGUGACACUCGCUACCGCGCUGCGCUUCCUGCUGAGUUCUGCGCCAAGAACCCCCCCCCCAUGUACAUCACCCUCUACUACAUAGUCACCCGGCUCCCUGACUCUCUUCGGGUAGUCAGGGACCAUUUCCUCUCUGUUUGCCCCACCACUCUCACCGUUGACCUCCUCGAGAAGGCCCUCCUAGCGAUAGAGAAGAGCAUAGCCGCUGUAGGAGCCUCUCGUGGUGACCCUCGAACCCCCGUCUUUGAGGGGUGUUCUCCCUCCCCCCUCUUGCCCUCUGUUGCCUCUGCUGCUGCGGCCGACCUCGUUGGUUUCGAGGCACUAGAGGGGCUGGAGGGGGCGGUGGAGGUGGUGGUGGAGGUAGUGGAGGGAGUGGGGGUGGUGGUGGGAGUGGUGCCGGGGGUGGCGGCGGCGGCGGCAGCAGUGGAGGCGGCGGCGGCGGUGGAGGUGGCGGAGGGAGCGGAGGCGGCGGAGGUAGUGGAGGAGGGGGAGGUGGAGGAGGCAGCGGAGGCGGCGGAGGCAGUGGCGGCGGCGGAGGCGGCGGUGGUGGCGCGAGUCGCGACUCUGCGCAAAGCAGUGGCACCGGUGGUGUGCGGAGGCCCGCACUCCACCCAACGCUGCUGUGGUCGCCUCAUUGACGCGUGGCGUCGCCAGUUCCCUGAGGCGUUAGAGAUCCCUUGCUGGGGAGAUCUGGCUAAGGCCGGAGUUGCUAUCUUUGAUCUUGACUUUGAUGCUAUUCUUGCUGCCAUGUAUGCUGUUGCUGAUAGUGUUGAGGGUGACUGUUACCUGUGUGUACCGCCUGACGCGGGCAUUGAGGCUGCUGCUCUAGGUGCUGGUGAGGCUGCUGCUCUAGGUGCUAGUGCGUCUGCUGCCCCAGGUGCAAGUGCGUCUGCCGCCCCAGGUGCUGUUGAGGCUGCUCUCUCAGGUACUACGUCGGCUCAGGCCUUCCACACCUUCACCAUGGACUUGGGUGCGUCCCGUUCCUUCUUUCGAGACCGCACUACUCUUACGCCGCUUAGUCGGCCGGUUGCAGUCUCCCUGGCAGACCCCUCUGGGGGUCCUGUCCUUGCUAGCUUCUCCACUGUCCUGCCGUGCCUUGCAGCCCCCUCUGGCACCCUAUCUGGUCUCUACCUCCCCUCGUUCUCUACAAACUUGGUGAGUGGAGCGGACCUACAGGAUCGAGGGGUUGACCAGUUCACUCCUACGAGGUCGAGCCUGUACACCCUUACUACUGAGUCUCCUCCUACUGCUGAGUCUGCCCAGGUAGCUGCGUCGAGUCAGGUGUUUGCUGCAGCGUCCAGGUCUGGUCCUGAGUCUGCCCCUGGCUCGUGUCGUCUGCUGUCCCACCAGACUCUCCUUUGGCACCACCGCCUUGGUCACCCCUCCUUGCCUCGUCUUCAAGGCAUGGCCUCCCGUGUCCUUGUCUCUGGUCUCCCUCGGUCUCUCCCUCCCCUUCCUUCGGGGCCUGGCCCUACGUGCGUCCCCUUCAUCGAGGGGCGACAGCGUGCCGCCCCUCACUCCUCCGAGUUUUGA